AUGUGCUGCGAGAGGGGUGGGGCGGCGGGCGGUCUGGCGCGGCAGCGGCGGUCACCAGCCAGCCGCCAGCCAGCCGCCAGGAUCGGAGGCACGCACGGACGGCGUCUCGGCCACCCGGCGUCGCUGCAUCACGUCGCCAUCAGCUGCAUCCUCCAUCGUGGAACGACAAACUCGCGCGGCAGCCUCGCCUUCCCCGGUCGUCCGCGCCUCAUCCAUCGCCCGCUUCGGUCCUGGCAGGCUUCAUCCCCCCCUGGCCGGCAGCCGUGGCCGGACAACCGAGACUUCUCCUCGCCAGGACGUCCGGGGCCCCCCGACUUCGCGCGUCCGAAACGCACUGCCGGCUCACUGCGACCCCGCAGCCUGCUGGCCGACAUGUCCGAACACCCUGCUAUCCGAUGGCGACGGCGGCCGCCGUGCGCGGGACCUGCCCGGCCGGGGGGGGGGGGGGGGGGCUGCGGUUCCCCGACUGACCCCUUGACGGCCGCGAUCGCAUACCCAGCUCGACAGACGCGGCCCUUGUGUCGAGAAGCGCGCCCGCCCGAUGGGCCAGCCAUCGCCCGGCUGUCGCACCGCAAAGGCGCGGCGUCCCCUACAGCCGCCGUCGCUGGGAGGUGCGUGAAGACGCGUCUGCUUUGCCGUCGUGUUCGAGCGCCGCCCGCGCCCGCCGGAUCCCGCAUCGCGGCUGUGAUGGCGAGGCCGACGGCUCUUCCAGCUUCGUGCUAG